AUGCAGCACGCUCGGGCUCAGGAAUCCGGUCCUAUCGAGAUGAGCUUACGCGAGCAUUUGCUGGCCGCCAGCGGCUCUGGCUCUGCUCCACCUCCAUACCCUCCUACCGCUGCUCCACCGCAUCCAGGACACGACCAAGGCCAGUACCCGCCCUCCGAAUCCGCGAGUCCGCACGACCAACACCUCGACCCCAACGUCACGGGCCAGCAAUUGCCGUAUGCUAUGAGUGGAGACAGCAGCGCGGUGGAUGAUGGCUUGGGGCCGGAUUCGCGGAAGGGCAAGAGGGAGCUGUCGACGAGCAAGAGAGCCGCUCAGAAUCGAGCAGCACAGCGCGCAUUCCGUCAGCGCAAAGAAGGGUACAUCAAGAAACUCGAAGAGCAGGUCAAGGAGUUCCAGAACAUGGAGUCAAACUACAAGGCCUUGCAGAACGAGAACUAUCAGCUGCGAGAGUACAUCUUGAACCUCCAAUCGCGAUUACUCGAGAACCAGUCGGACUUCCCACCAGCGCCAUCCCACAUCAACCUCUCGUCAGGACCUCCACCUCCUGCUGCAGCCGCUGCUGAGUCAUCAUACGGACCUGAGCAGCAACUACGGCGCGAGAUGGAUCAACGACCUCCCCCACCAGCUCCUGUAGUGGCCCGCGAAGACCCGAUUCAUCGCGACGGUCUCAGCCAACUGCAAGCCGCCGCUGCUCACGCCCAACCAGUGCAGUCUCCAUAUGGUCUGGGUGGAGAGUACCCUAGCAGCCGGCCUCGACCAGAAGAAGCGUUCACUGACAUUGCCCCCCCGCGAACAGUUUUCACGCGCAUGAGCCUGCUAGGAGGCAUCAACAAGAAGCUCACUAACGGGGUCACGGGGGUGACAUUCAACCAAGAUGCGUUCGACGAAGCGCACGCGCGCCCGCUCAAGCUGAGCGAGGUGGACUACGAGGACAGCACGCCGGAGUACCUCACGGACGAGGAAUGGUCGAACCUCACCGAGGGUGGCCCUCGCGCGCAUGAUCAAGUCGACGCCCGUGAUGCCUUCAAGGUCACGGAGAGCCCAGCGGUGGCGGUGAAGCACCUGGGCAUCAAGCUCACGCAGACGGCGGUCGAGAAGGCCGCCGUAGCUGCGGAUGUCGGGCAGGAGUAUGCCAAGUUCGCGCUCAAGUACAUCGCGGCUGAAGUACGUCGUCGUUCUGCUCUGUCGGAGACAGGGGCUGACCCGUUUCACCCACAAGCGCCUCGAGAUGUUGGCUUGAUCACGAAUUCGAAGGCCAUGAUGGAUGCUAUGCGAGCGGUCAAGGAGCGAUUCCCUCUCCUCCAGGACCUUGAGGCAGCGUACAAGACUGGUCGGAAGGCGAGCAAGGAGGAGCGACGGGCCCGUGGGCCAGCGUAUAAGACGCGUGGUACCCAACAACGUCAGGACGAUGCCCGACCACAGAAAAUCUCCACAUCAUCCAAGCUCAGCAACGACGAACGCCCUCAUACCGACCUAGCAGUUCACGAUGGCAAGACUGUUGACAGCGCCCACCAACACAGCAACUCCGAAGAAACCACUCUCCAAGACUGUUCCGACGAUGACUACGACGGCGACAUCGACAUCGACAAGCAAGAAGACGGAUUCUACGCUGAGCUAUCGUCCAAGCUGCACUUGCACAAGGCAACAACUGAUCGCGAGGACGAGAAGAACGCUAUGAGUCCAGACGAUGAGGACGAGCAAGCAUUGGAGGCUGAGCGCGAGGACACCAAAAUUGACGAGAACAAGAACGACGACUAUCACGAGCAGAAAGAUCCAUAUCAACUUGCAGACAUUGAGAUUGAGCGCGACUAUGGCGAGUACUUUGGGCAGGGAUGA